AUGUCUUCGAAACCAACCCAACAUAUUCAUGUCGAAACACCAUAUAAUACAUUCGAUUUACAUGGAUAUACCUGUGAAUUAUCAGCAACUGCAUUUGUCCCGCCUACUCGACGAUUACAACCUAAAGAAAGAAAUUGUUUUAAUUCAACUAAACAAACAAAACCAUCAUCAAUCUAUGAUCAAAUCUUUCACAUAGACUAUACUUUUAAUCCAAAAGCACAUCGUGAUGAUCGACAACAUUCAAAAUUUAUUGGAUUAAAUCAACCAAAAGAAGAACAAGAAAAAUCUUAUCCAACUCGAUCGUCAUCUAUAUAUGGUCGUCGACAUAAUCGUCCACUUGAUCUCAAUGAUCGAUCUCAUAUUCGAAUUGCACAUGUUAAAAAUGAAUUUUAUCGUAAUAAUGGUGUAGAUCAAAAACCUAUUAAAAUAUAA